AUGGAUCAAAAAUUCGUAAUUGAUUUCUUAAUGGGUGGUGUCUCAGCUGCCGUUUCAAAAACAGCAGCAGCUCCAAUUGAAAGAGUUAAAUUAUUAUUACAAAAUCAAGAUGAAAUGAUCAAACAAGGUAGAUUAUCACAUAAAUAUGCUGGUAUCGUUGAUUGUUUCAAAAGAACCGCUAAUCAAGAAGGUAUUAUCUCAUUCUGGAGAGGUAACACAGCUAAUGUUAUUAGAUAUUUCCCAACUCAAGCUUUAAAUUUUGCUUUUAAAGAUAAAUUUAAAGCUAUGUUUGGUUUCAAAAAAGAUGAAGGAUAUUGGAAAUGGUUUGCUGGUAAUUUAGCUUCCGGUGGUUUAGCUGGUGCAACUUCAUUAGCUUUUGUUUAUUCAUUAGAUUAUGCUAGAACUAGAUUAGCUAAUGAUGCUAAAUCAGCAAAAGGAGACGGUAAAGGUAGAGAAUUUAAUGGUUUAAUUGAUGUUUAUAAAAAGACUUUAGCUUCAGAUGGUAUUGCGGGUUUAUAUAGAGGUUUCGGUCCAUCUGUUGUUGGUAUUAUUGUUUACAGAGGUUUAUACUUUGGUGUUUAUGAUUCAUUAAAACCUGUUGUUUUAGUUGGUCCAUUAGAAGGUUCAUUCUUAGCUUCAUUCUUAUUAGGUUGGGCUGUUACUACUGGUGCUUCAACUGCUUCAUACCCAUUAGAUACCGUUAGAAGAAGAAUGAUGAUGACUUCAGGUCAAGCUGUCAAAUAUGAUGGUGCAUUUGACUGUUUCAAAAAAGUUGUUGCUGCAGAAGGUGUAGCUUCACUUUUUAGAGGUUGUGGUGCAAAUAUUCUUAGAGGUGUUGCUGGUGCCGGUGUUAUCUCCUUGUACGACCAACUCCAAAUUAUCUUAUUUGGUAAAAAAUUUAAAUAG